UUUGGUUGUCAUAUUUCUCUUGUCUUCUUAGUUUUCCAAUAACUUGAAGAAAAAACUUCUUCAAUUUGUUUCUCAUAAUUUUUUAGAGCUCCUACAAUCAUCUUUCAUGCCUUCGAAAGCAAGCAAUAAUACAGGAAACCGGUCCUUGCCAAAAUUCGGAGAAUGGGACGUGAACAAUCCUCAAUCAGCUGAAGGUUUUACUGUGAUCUUUAACACAGCCAGAGACCAAAAGAAAAAUGAUAAGACUAAUGCUGGCGCUUCGGGCACUAAUCAGAGUCCUAAUCAGAACAACCAAGGCAAGCAAAAGCAAAAGCAGCAACAAAAUCAGAAUAAUCAACAACAUACUUCGGUGAAGCAUAAAUGGUUAAGUUGCAUAUUUGGUAAAUAAUGUUGGUGCACUGGUUUUGCUUCCACAAUUGUAAUAGAAGGUGGCUGUUAAUGUGAGAUUUAUACUUGUUUUGCUAAGAUUUAAGCAAUUGUAUGACCAAAAUGUUGUGAAGUAAUGAAGCUUUUUAAACAAUCUUCUACUCUUAGAAACUUUUUUUGUUUAUGAGAAUUUAUGAGAAAUCAACAAUACAAUUUUUUGUACCUGAAUUCAUUCUAAGGUAGUACAAAGAUCAAGGUACGAGUUCGAUCCUUACAGAGAGCAACGGGCCGGUGGAGUUGGCUGAAUGUGAGACGAUGUUGGGAUGAUAGUCUUGUUACCCACUAGUCCACUACCCAGGAGAGUGAACAAUAUUUUUUUCAACUGUAGUACGAACGCAUAUUCAGAAAACAGAACACUGCACUUCCUCAGUCCAUAACUAACUUGAAACAAAUGGUAACAAAUUAUUUGCUUUAUAUAUUACAUUCAUCAUCGGGCAGACAUUAGCUUGUUUUUGAAAGAAGUGAUUAUAUUCAGGAUGACAUGAAACACCAACGAACAUACUUAUAUGGUUAAGACUUAAAUUGACCAGCAUCCAAUCUCCACA